AUGCCCUCAAACACCGCCUCUCUCGCGACCACGGCCCUCCUCGUCCACGCCGUCGCCGCCGCCGUCGCCGGCACACAAGUCUGGGCGACGCCCCACGACAGCUACUCUUCCUCGAUUGGCGUACUGGGCUGCAAGAUCAACACGGACCGCGUCGCCUACUGGCCCGACACCGUCACCUGCGACAACAUUUGCGUGUCGCUGAGCAAAGACGACCGCCAGCUCUACCUGCUGCGAAUAGACCAGUCGGGCGGCGCGCACGACAUUAGCUACGAUGCCUGGAACUACCUCGUCACCGGCCAGUCCGCGACGGAGAAACCCACCGCCGGCGGUGCCAUCGAGAUGACGGCGCAGGCCGCCGAUCCGGGCCAGUGCCGCAACCUCAUUCGGACAGAGGGUGGCAGGCUGCCUCUCAGCGCCGCCAACAGCAUGAACUACCUGGCGGCAUGUCUGGGGGAAUCGGGCAGCUGGGUCGGCAGCAAUUUUGAGCUGUACAAUGUGCUCGAUCCCCUCUGCACCAUGGGCCACGAUGAGCAGUGCAAGCUCGAUUGGCCCACGCAGAACCAGGCAGACUGCCCGCACCAGCUUGGCAUGCCCAACGCACUCACGGGUGCUCCGGUAUACAAUAUUCGCUAUCCUAGUGGUGAAAAGGUGCUCGCGGGUGCGCCGGCGGCUCCCAACGCCCGUGACGAGGAGAACGCGGCCACGACGACAUCAAUCGCACGCUCUUUACCGGUUCUGGCUGGAGGCGCAGUUUUGCUAGCGAUGCAGUAG